UCUGUCCUUUAUUAGCACUCCCACUCCAGGUGACUUUAUUACUCCAUUCAGGCAACUAGUACCAUGAACUAGCUGGCCCAGAAGGCACUAAGACUCUGCAAACAGCACACACAAUUUAAAGCCAUAAGGGAAUUACUUAUUGGCUAAUUCACACAGCAGCUGGAAUGAACGAGUCAUUAAUCUCUGUUGGUGAGACACCUUAUCAGUCGUGGCUGAAUAAAGUAGUCAACCAUCAGGCUUUAUUGCUUUUUGCAUCAGGCCAGUAGCUCUCACUCUUUCUGCCUUCCUUUCUCCGAGGAUUCUCUAUCUUUUCACACUUGAAUCUAUAAACUGCUGACUCCAUCCCAACAAUUUUGAUCCCGUUGACAAAUUUACCUUUCAUGGCUUAAGACCUUCUCAGUAUUUUCUCACAAGCAGUUUUCGCGAUUUUUGGGAAGUCAGAAGAAAGGCUAUUUGGUUGAACUGAAAAAAGGGUCCGCGCCCUGAAAGCACUGUGUAGCCUACAAAUACAUUCUCAGCAGUACUGGGGAAUGAUCCCGUGCCUUUCCCCGCCGAUAAAUAAGCAGCCCCAGUCGCGACAUGACGUGUCCGGGGGCUCACCAGGCGGCGGCCGCCACGGCUGAGAAGGAAACUCCGGGGCAGCCCGCGGCUCUGGGAGCAUUCCCGACCCGGGGCGCCCCUCACGAACGCCUCUAAAAAAGGCACGGCAGCACCGAGGGCAUGGAGAGAGCGCCUACGGGGCGCCGUGAAGUGCAAAGCAAACCGCGCCGUCUGUGUUCUGGUUCACUCGUUUAUUUGUUCGUUUAUUUGUUUGUUUGCCCGCGGUGCUCCGUUCAUUUCCUUCCGGUGCAUCUCCGCCGCGGCACACCGCCCCUCCCCGGCGUGCCCCGUGCGCAGGCGCGGCCGGCGGCGGCGAUGGGCGGGCGGGUGACCCGCGUGUUCCGGAAUUUCAAUGUGGAGAACCGGGCCAGCCGCGAGAUCAGCAAGGAGAAGCCCACGCCGGCGCCGCGGCACCGCACGGCCCGGCUGGACGCCAUGGCCGAUAGCCCAGAGAUAAAAGAAGAAGUUUUCAGAAAGGACGAUAGGCUCCUCACCUUGCUCAAAGACGUUUAUGUCGACUCCAGAGAUCCACCGGUGCGGGUAAAAGAUGGAGGUGGUGAACAUCUUCCAAGUAAACUGGAGGAAAAGAGACUUACAAAAUUAGGCCACUUGGAAGGUCUAGAUGUUAACAAAGUUCCCAAAGGCAAAAUUUCCCUUGUGGAGGCUCUGACACUUCUUAAUAAUCAUAAACUUCAACCUCAAAUAUGGACUGCAGAGAAAAUAGCAGCAGAAUACAGUCUGGAACUGAAGGAGGUCAACUCUCUUCUGGAAUUCUUCAUUCCUUUUGCUGUGCAGGAAUUUCGUAAGGAAACCAAAAAAGCUAUAACAAGCCAUAAACCAAAACAGUUAACAUAAAAAUAUUUGCCAAAACCUUUUGUGAUCUCACUCGUGUCUUCAUUUUACUCUCAAGUAUAUUCCAUGUCUGAAAAUUCAGUCAACAACGUGUCAUCCAGCAAGGCUACAUCCUUAUGCCAGUGAGAUGUAUUCAAGCAGUUCCAUUCUCCAUUGGAUGGCUUCAUUGAAAUGCAGCAACUACAGUUUGUAAACCAGAAUAUGAUUAAUUCAUGGUAUGACAGCAUGUCACACAGUUCUGACUAUCCCAUUCAAAUGUUAUGAACUCGGUAAAAGCAUUUUACUGUAAGAAUUUUACUUUAAGAGAUUGCCUUUCUCAGCAGAGACUUCUUGGCCUGCAGCUAAAGAGGUGCUCUGUGGGCGUUGGCUCUGUAAUUUCAUGUUGCACUGCUUUUUCAAGGAAUUGCUGUCAAGGUGUGUGUAUAUAACAAACAGCUGCGUUUCUUUUGUGUAAGAAUGGAAUGGUAUUUAUACUUUGUUAAGAAGGUUAACCACAAGGGCAUUUCACAAUUAACCACAAUGGUAUUUAUACUUUGUAAAGAAGGUUAACCACAAGGGCGUUUGGAAAAUUAAGCUGUGUCAAACAUAAAAUAAAAAGGUGAACAGCAAGAAGGCCUCUUUCUGGUGCUGGAACAGCAGUGGUUCAUAUGUAACUCCUCUUAUACUCUAUUCUCAUUUAGCUUAAAUACCUGCACCUCUCCAGGUGCUGUUUGUUACAGAAUUUUUAGUGAUGAUCUUCUGGCAUGAGUCUCUUGCAGCAGCCCAUGCCAUCUGCUGUGUGAGGAGCAAUGCUUCAUAUUAAUAGGUAGCAAGGACAUACAACUGGAUCUACUAAUUGGACCCACUGGUAGGACUUCUGUGAAUGUUUGCCCUUCCUGUUACAAUAAUCCUUUUUCCCUGUGGAAGCCUUGUCUGAUCCAAGUGUGGGCUAGAUCAGGUCAUGUUUACUCACAGCAUGCAUCUAUACAGAUGACACGAGGGUAACACACACUCUGAGGCAGUGGUGGGUUUAAACCCCAAUACUGUGACUAGUCAUGUCUGUAGGUAAGAAGUUUUGCAGUGAUGGUUAAUCCUGCAGUGAAACGUGGUCAGAUAAGCUGGGGAGAUGGGGCGGCAGAUAAUCAGAAUUGAUAUUUAAAAAUGCAUUAUGGUUGCCUUCCUUUAAAAAACAAACCCAGAAUCUUUAAUCUUAUGCCUGUCACCAAAGAAGGUGAUUUUAAAGGGUAAAAGUCCAUGCCUGGCUUACAAUGUAACUUUCAAGAACCUUUCUGCCAAGUCUUUGAUUUGGAGUCUGGUAAAUGCCUUACCAAGAAGAUGAUCAGCUUUGUUAUUUCACAGCAAGAUUCCUUCACCUUCUUUGAGUUGGAACUUGGUAUCUCCAGUACAGUUUGCCACAGUGGAUUUGAAGGUUAUGUUUGGUUCAUUUCUGAAGUACAUAAUGCUGUACGAUAGUGGAAAAUGACAGUAUGUGCAUUGUAUAAAAAUUCAAAAUUGUUAGUCUAAGAUGUAUGGCUUGUCAUUUAUCCUCUAAUACAAAGGGCUACAGAGCUGCACUCUGAAACUAAUGCAUCUGAGGUAUGCACCACAUUAAGAUUGCUUUGCACAAAAUACUGUUUUAGAAAAUGUUACAACAGAAAUACUUAAUUGUUUGAGUACUGUUCAUCCUAAUGUAAUAUAUAAGGUAACAUUCAGAAAACAGCUGUGGAAUGCAUUUGGUACAGAUACUGUUGAUAUUGAAGAUGCUGCAAUUUCCUGUAAAAUGAAUUUUAUUAUGGAUUGAAGUUGAUUAAAAACACACUACAACCAGCACCAGACACCAGUUUAACCAUGCCCUUUGACUACCUUGGUAUGUAUUUUGGCAUCUUUUGUCUGCCUUCAUUAAAGUCUUGUGAUGUGGCCGCAC